GCUAAGGUAAAUUUCUAUCCAGACUUUGAUAUUGCAUGCUACAUGCUUGUUGAAUUGCUUCAAUGGGUGUCUCAUCAUGCUAUGUAAAUGCGUUCCCUUUUACCAUAUCCUUAAACUCUCAAAAGCUCAUUUCUUUCACAUUAUCACAACGCCGUGAGCUGUUUGCCUCAAUCUCGGCCACAAAUUCACCCUCUGCCGCCACAAUUUCACUCCUAAAAUCCAAACACCUCCCUCCAGACUUCACCCAGAAGCAGCUUCUGGAUACUCUUCGUCAGGAGAAAGAUGAAGCCUCCGCUCUUAACCUCUUUAAGUGGGCUUUAGAGCAGCCUGAGAUUGAACCCAGUCGGCAGAUUUGCGAUGAGAUUCUUCGUAAGCUUGGGAAAGCGGGGUCUUUUGAUGCGAUGAGGCGAGUCUUGGAUGAUAUGAAAGACUCCAGGGUUGAGAUUGGGGAAGGUGCUUUUUUCAUCUUGAUUGAGAGUUAUGCCAAGUUUGAACUUUAUGAUGAGGCUAUUGGUGUUCUUGAUUUGAUGGAACAGGAGUUUGAUGUGAAACCAGGAACAUUUAGUUACAAUUUGUUGUUGAACAUUCUGGUUGAUGGGAAUAAAUUGAAGCUAGUUGAAGAUGUGCAUUCUAGGAUGUUGAGUGAGGGUUUAAAACCUGAUGUCUCAACUUUUAAUAUACUGAUAAAAGCCCUCUGUAAAGCACAUCAAAUUAGGGCUGCAAUUUUGAUGAUAGAAGAUAUGCCUAGACAUGGUUUAUCACCUGAUGAGAAGACUUUCAACACACUAAUGCACUGUUAUAUUGAGGGCGGAGAUUUAGAGGGUGCAUUGAGAAUUAGGGACCAAAUGGUAGCAGCUAACUGCCCUCCGACCAGUAUAACAGUUAAUACUUUGAUUCAUGGGUUCUGUAAACAGGGUAAGAUUGAAGAAAUUUUUAGUUUUGUGCAAGAGAUGUCUAGCCAGGGGUUCUCUCCUGAUAGUUUUACCUUCAACACUUUGGUAAACGGUUUGUGCAAAGCAGGACAUAUUAGCCAUGCUAUAGAUGUCUUGGAUUUAAUGCUUCAAGAGGGUUUUGAUCCUGAUUUAGUUACCUAUAACACUUUGAUAUCUGGACUUUGUGAAGCGGGUGAAGUGGAGGAGGCAAUUAAGGUUCUGACUCAGAUGAUUUUUAGGGGCUAUUUACCCGACAGAGUCACGUAUAACAUUUUAAUCAGCACCUUGUGUAAGAAGAAUCAAGUGCAGGAAGCCACAGAACUUACCCGUGUUCUUGCAAGCAAGGGAGUCUUACCUGAUGUGUGUACUUUAAAUUCUCUGAUAAAAGGGCACUGCUUGAAUAGCAAUUUCAGUAGCGCAAUGGAAUUGUUCCAAGAGAUGAAGACUGAAGGGUGCCAACCAGAUGAGUUCACUUACAACAUCCUAAUUGACUACCUUUGUGCAAAAAAGAAAUUGGAUGAAGCAAUGAGCCUUGUAAAGGAUAUGGAAUUGAGUGGCUGUGCAAGAAGUGUAAUAACAUAUAAUACAUUGAUAGAUGGCUUCUGCAAGAACAAGAGACUUGAUGAAGCAGGUGAAAUUUUUGAUGAAAUGGAACUGCAAGGGAUCUCAAGGGACUUGAUAACUUAUAACACCCUUAUUGAUGGUCUUUGUAAGGCCAAGAGGGUAGAAGAGGCGGCUGAGCUUAUGGACCAGAUGAUAAUAGAAGGAUUAAAACCUGAUAAAUUCACAUACAACUCCAUCCUUUCUCAUUACUGUAGAGCAGGUGAUGUGAAAAAGGCAGCCGAUAUUGUGCAAAACAUGACCUCAACUGGGUGUGAACCAGAUGUUGUUACUUAUGGUACCUUAAUUCAGGGUCUCUGUAAAUCCGGAAGAGUCGAGGUUGCUACUAGGUUGCUUAGGAGCAUCCAGAUGAAAGGGAUGGUUUUAGCACCGCAGGCAUAUAAUCCUAUAAUCCUAGCACUCUUCAGACGAAAGAGAACUAAAGAAGCCAUGAGACUCUUUAGGGAAAUGGAGGAGAAAGCUGAUCCUCCAGACUACGUAUCGUAUAAAAUUGUUUUCCAGGGCCUUUGCUCCGGUGGAGGAUCCAUUGAUGAAGCCGUUAAUUUUGCAGUUGAGAUGAUGGGGAAUGGAUAUGUACCUGAGUUCUCUUCAUUCUACAAUUUGGCAGAAGGGCUUUUCGCUUUAGCUAGAGAGGAGACUCUUGUUAAGCUCAUUGACAUGAUCAUGAAGAAAGCACACUUCUCGGAUAAUGAGGUGGACAUGAUUAAGGGUUUCCUUAAAAUCCGUAAAUUCCAAGAUGCAUUGGCCACUCUUGGGCGCGUCUUAAAUAGCCGUUAUCCCAAAAGGAAUUACAGGUGAAGAGAAGAGUGAGUUGAUUAGCCAUAAUCUGUACCUGUACUUUUACUUAUGAUGCAAAUGGGACAGAAAUUUGUUAGCAGGAAGGGGAGAAGAGGUUCUACAUGUAAAGUUUUUCCAGUUUAGAAGCGUCUCCUUAUGCGUUAGAAAUUAGGAAAACUUAAAGGAGUGCCUGCGGCUAAAUUCUUGUGCUUUAACAUACAUUUAUUUGAUGUUUGUGAUAAGAAUGCUUGAUGAUUUUUUUUCUCUUGGUUCCUGUA